AUAGUGAGGAUGUCAGUGACGGUCAGUGAAACUUGGAGGAGCCUCAGAGAUGUUAUUAUAAAUGCUGCUGGUGCAGUCUUAAACCGGUGUCACACUGGGCUAGUUUACUAGCUGCUAAUAUUGGCGGCUAGUACUUGCGGCUAGCGCUAGUGGCCAGUUAACCUGUCACACAAGGCUAGUACUGGUGGGCUAGUAGGCCAGUUGUUGAACAAACUCACUUUGCACAACAUGUCUUCCAUGGGUAUUAGGCGUGAGGCACUGAGAAACUUGUUGCGCAUGGAUGUGAGACAGUUAUGUGAGGAAAUGGUGGAACAACUAAGGAGAAGGAAAAAACGGAAAUGGGUCUUAGACUGGAUUAGGAGGAGGGAUCAGUUGGGAGCCUCUGCACGUCUGAUGAGAGAGCUGGCAGAGGAGGAUCCCAAAGGAUACAGGAAUAUUAUGAGGAUGGCAGAGGUGAAAUUUGAAGAAUUACUUGAGAUGGUGUCACCUCUAAUAAGAAAGAAAGAUACCGUGAUGAGAGAAGCUCUAAGUGCUAAAACCAAAUUAGAAAUUGCUCUCAGAUACCUUUCUGCUGGAGAAUCCCUGAAAUCUCUGCAGUAUUUAUUCCGAGUGCCGCACAACACUAUUUCCACCUUCUUGCCUGAAGUUCUAGGUGCUAUCUUUGAAGUUCUUCAACCAUACAUCAAGGUACCUCCAUCUACUGAUGAGUGGAAAGCUAUUCAAAAGGCUUUUGAAUGCAGGUGGAAUUUCCCGAACUGUUGUGGCGCCCUGGAUGGAAAACACAUCCAGAUCAUGCGCCCUAAGAACUCCGCAUCAUUAUUCUUCAAUUACAAAGGGACUUACAGUAUUAUUUUGUUUGCCAUGGUAGACGCAGAUUACUGCUUUCGAUAUAUUGAUGUUGGCCGUGAUGGAAGAUCUAGUGAUAGUACGGUAUUCCGUAAUUCAAGUUUGAACGCAGCAAUGGAACAAAACUUUCUCAACUGGCCUACAGGAGGACUAUUUGUGGGAGAUGAUGCAUUUCCUAUUCAACCCUACUUAUUGAAACCGUACUCACACAGAUGGCUGUCCGACGAAGAAAGGAUUUUUAACUACAGGUUAUCAAGAGCACGCCGUGUUGCAGAAAAUGCUUUCGGGAUAUUAGCUGCAAGAUUUCGCAUAUUCUGUAGACCAAUUAAUCUUUCGGUUGAAACAAUAGAUCUCGUUGUAAAAGCUGCAUGUGCUCUACACAACUGGCUUAGAGUAACUUCUACCACGUACUAUCUUCCCCAAGGAUCUCUGGACAUGGAAGAUCCAACUUCUGGUGAACCUGUUCUCGGUGCGUGGCGACAAGAACCUACUGCAAUGCUUCCAGUAGAUCGUUUGUAUUCAUCCAAUAAUUACAAGAGGGACGGAGAAGAGGUCCGUAAACGAUAUGCAAGAGCAUUUAUGACAGACUUAGCCGUACCGUGGCAAUAUGCAGCACUGAGGAAGUCCUAGAGCGCAGGAUCUCUGGCAGUUUUUGUUCUUUUUUAGUGAAACAUACGGGGAAUUGUUUCUGUGUUACUGUUGGAACUCCUAUUGCAAACAAGCUAUUCUUACAAUCUCAAAAUCAAGCACAAUUAUUAUAGGUAGCCUAUGUAAGUAACAAAUUUUGUACUACAAGCAAGAAGUAUUUUAACUUAUUAAAUAUUUUAAAUUUA